AGGAGCGGCGGGAGCGGCGCCGCAGGCGCUUCAAGAAACUCAUAAACACAGGAGAGAAGAUGACAAGAUCUAGAUCGAGAUCACCACGAUGGAAACCAAGGUCCUUAUCUCCAGCUUUUAGAACUCCAGAGCACCAUAGGCAAAGGCAUGCUCACGUUAAUUAUGACUGCGAAUAUAAAAGCUUUCGUAAGGACCCCAAAAAGUCUAUGUCUUGGAGAACAGAGGAUGAAAAGUAUGGACAAAGCAAUUCCAGGUUUGCACCUCAUGGAAAUAACCACCAGAGAAUGUAUGAACGUAGGUCACCUUCACCAAACCUGAAAAGAAUUCCCGUGGAAGAUGCUUACAGUCAUAAGCCCUACAGAACACAUUCAUCUGAAAGGACUGAAAACAAUAGGAGAUGCCAGUUACCACCAAAAUACUCGGAAAUGCCUUAUAAAGAGCAUGAUCGUCCAUUUUACCAGCACAAAAUGGAGGACAGAUACAUGUUUGAUCAUUACAAAGUCACUGGAAAUGAAAAAGGAAUGAAACCUUUUCAUAGACCAUUAGGGGGUUCAUGCAAACUUGAAAGAAAAUGGCAUGAAGAUGACUUGAGGCACCAGAGGUUACAUGAAGAGAAGUAUGGUCAGUCACCCAGAAGAGUUUCUGAUGAAUUUACGGCAAGGAGCUCUUUACAGAAGAGGUAUCCUGAAGAUCACGAUUACAGAGAAUAUGGGCACGCGUCUAAAAGGGCUAAGGAAAUGGAGAGGUAUGACGGUGGAGAUGUAGCAAGGAAUUCCAAGUGGAAGCAAGAACGUUCUUUUCCACCCUGCCAAGAAAAGGAGGAGCAAAGAUACCCGGGUGUGCAGUCCCACCGGUCAGCCGAGAGGGAAUACUUGGGGGGGUCUGUCCCAAAGAUAGCCUAUGAGUACAGUCACAAACGGCGCAGGCAUCCGGACGGGGACAAGGCUUUUCCAGACGACAGAGCUCAGAAGUACGUGAAGCAGGAAGAGCAGAAGUACAGCUCUUCCAAGAGUGCCCGGAACAGCAAAGAGCUGGAUUACUUCAGUGGUGGCAGAGCGAGGCGGACUGAACGGCACAUUGAAGAACCUGUUAAAUACAGUUCAAAGAAGGGCUGCAAUGCUUGUGUUAACUCUUCCAAAGCAGAUGUUGAGCUGAGAUCUUUUAAAAACAAACUGAAUGAAAGAGUGAGGAAAGAUGGGGAAUUGAGGAAAAACGUAGAUUCCUCCAGUAGCCAGCGUGAUGCAAAUCAUACUGUUUCAGAUGUGAAAAUGUCAGAUGCCAACUGUAUGAGAGAACAUCUCACAGUCAAAGUGGAUAUGAAGAAGAUGGUGACCAAGUACAGGACUGCUUCUAGUCACACUACAGAAAGACAGAUGUCCCAUGAUCUGGUUGCUGUUGGUAGAAAAAAUGAAAAUUUUCAUCCAGUCUUUGAACACAUGGAAUCUGUAACACAAAAUGUUGAGAACGACCCAUCAAAAGAAUUUACUCAGGAAAUAAUCACAAUUAUUCAUCAAGUUAAAGCAAAUUAUUUUACAUCUUCUGACAUAACUCUGCAUGAGCGGUUCUCAAAAAUUCAGGAUAAAUCAAGUGCAAAUACAAAUGAAGUUAAAAUGCAUUUGGAUCCAGAAAUUCACAGGAGGAUUGACAUGUCUCUAGCAGAACUUCAGAACAAACGAACUGUGCCAUCUGAAUCUUUCCAGAACAUUGUAAGAGUGUUAGAAGAUCCAAAUGAUCUACGGUAUGAUAUAGAAAGGAGAAGAAAAGAGAGAUUGAAGAAUGAAGAUGAGAGAGUGUUUCAUGUAGAUGAUGUAACUCCAAGGAAUCAGCAAAGCUGCAGUCUUUCAAAGUUACAAACAUCUCAAGUUGAUGGUUUCCAAAAGCCUAUGAAGUUCAUUAAGCCACCUUUCAGGAAAUUUAUUGGGAGACCUCAGCUGAAUUCUUACUAUUCUUCAAGACCAAGUGACACUUACCCCCACAGACGUAUUAGAGGACACCUUGAAAAUGCAGGACCCAUCAGAAGGCACUUUAAGAGCAACUUUGCAGACGGCCGUUUGCAAUCCCAUUAUAAAUCAGGCUUAGUGCAGAAGGGUUUAUAUAUUCAGGCUAAGUACCAGCGGUUGCGAUCUGUUGGUGUAAGGGGAUUUGCCACUAAUAAAUUCAGAGAUGGAUUUUUGAGGAAAGAAAAGGGAAAUCUAAAUAUUGCAACAGAAACCUGAACUGAGCUGAGAUCCUGAAGUUGAAACAGAUAACACAGCAAAGGGAGCAUCUGUUUGGUUUUUGACAACUUUCUCAAGACUUAAAAUAGGAUAAAGGAACUAACGCUGUAACUUUCUUGAUUACAAAAUAACUUUAUUUUGAAUGCUGCAGAACUUUUUUACAGUUUUAAUAAUUGCUUUUAAAGUACAGUAUUCAAAUGAAACAUUGUAUUAUGUACCUUUUAGUUCUGUUUGCAUACCAGUCUCAAGUAAGGAAGUCAUUGAAGGGAGUCUUAUUUGUUGAAUACUUUUUCUCUAAGCAUGAUGUUACAGAUGGAACUUGAGUUGUAAUACCCAGAGGUUUAUAUGUUGAAAGUUUAUUGCUAAUGUAAUAAUAAAAAGAAAAAAAAAAAAGUGCCUGAAUUGUUUGGUAAUAGCACAUUAGCUCAGGAUUUUCCAAUUAAUGACCUUUAGGUUGUGCAAUAGAUUUUACACCUCUGUUCAGUCAUUUCCAUAAAACAGUAUUUUGUAUUACUUUGGAUUAAUAAUAUACUUGGGUUUCAGAUGUGUAUAUACAUUUCUAAAUUGUUAGAAUGUUGGGACAACUUUCAACAUUUGAUUAAAAUUAGUGGUAACAGGCAGGUAUGUAAAGUACUGUAGCAGUAGCUUAUAACUGCACUGGAAGCAUGCUUGGGUUUGUUAGAAGAUUAGUUGGUCUGUAUUCAAAAUUAUUCUGUCCUGUUAUAUUUUGGUGUAUGAGAUUCUUGACCAAACCACAUGUUCUCUAAACUUUUUUGUCAGAAAUGAUUUGGUAAUUUUCUGAAUUCUAAAAUUGAGGCCUGAAUUAUUAAAUUACAAGAAAAACCAAAAAAGUAAGUUUCUGAAAGCAUGUCUUGUAACAAAAAAAUUGUUCAUAAUUGAAACUGCUUUAAAUGCAGAUAGCUGGUGAUUUUGUUCAGAAUGAUUCUCUGAAGUUUAAUGAGCUGCAGUAUUGUUAGGCUGUGUGCAAAACUCGAAUAGGCAGACCUGUUUCAUAAGCAGCUAUAAACAGUAUUCUGCUUAUUUCCUGUUUAUAGCCUUUGCCUUAAUUCAUUAUCUAUAGUAGGGUUGUGUGUAUGUAUUGCAGAUUGUUCAAACUUCUUAUUGACUGUAAAUUCAAGAUACAUAGCACGUAGUCUUAAGAGAUGUUCUUUUUCAAGAAAAGUUGUUCACAAUACCCUCAAUACAUAUGCAGACAGAUGUAUUUCCAUAUAGAAUGCAGGCUAGUCUCUGUUGUGGCUGGUAGACCAGAAUUCCAGUUCUAGGUUAGAGGUAUGUUCACGAAAAAGGAAAUUUGUUUUUUUGGGUGGAAAGCCAGGAUGUGAUUUCUGCAUGCUUUUUUGUAAUGUUUUUUUUCUAAAAUGCCUUCAGUAGAGAGACUGUUGGAAAAUGUAGUUAUGGUUCACAACAUCUAAAAUUACUGUGACUUGAGCUCUUCAGUUCAUGGGUGUUCUGCUUAGCAUUCAUAGGGAAUGAGUCAGGAAGUGUGCAACGUUCAUUGAUGUCAUGGUCAUUCAAUGAUAACAGAUGGUUUGUUUCUAAAACACAGGUUUUCAGUUUAAAUAACAAUCAUUAAUAAUUUAACUAGCUUUUCAGUAAUUUUGACAUGCAUGACAAAAUGGGAAGUGGAAGGGAAGGAACUCCCUGAACAAAUAGAGGCAAGCAACCUUCUGCAGAUAAGAAAGUGGUUUUUUACUUAAUGCUGUCAGUGAUGAAUCUGGUAGAGUCAUCCUGUGUAGAUUUACUGAGAGAUAAAAAUAAGGAACUGAAACAACAGGUUAAAUGAGUCAACCCAAAGCAACUGUGGAGUAGCUGCAGUUCUGAUCAGGCUGCUGGGAGUGCUGCACAUACCCUGCAGAGGGGGGCAGGUUUGCCCUGAAGCCAGCAAGUCCUUCACACUGCUCUGAACAUGCACUGUGAAAGAUGUGAGAAAUGAAACUAUAUAUGAUACAGGACAAACUACUGAGGCUAUAUUGUCUUAUUCAACAGGAUACUACUGUGUCUGUAAGCUUCUUGCAAUGUUCUUACUGAAUUCUGGAAGAGAACUCGUUUUUGAGCAAAUGGGAAAAGUGGAUACAUGAAGAAACUUCUGACAUGGUAGUUUUGCUAACACUGUUUGGAAGUAAUGCUGGAGUAGUCAGACUUCAGUCAGUCAAUGCUGCUUUAACCUGGUUUCAACAUAUGACUGACUCCUGAUUUUGUGCUUUAUUUUAUCUGUUUGUGAUUAGAUUUAUCUAAUUUGUUUUGAACUUUACAGUUGAGCUUUGUGUUUAUUUCUACAACCGUGAGCAACAUAUUGCAAAGAAGUUUGUGGUUUUUUGGCUUGUUUGCUAUCUUUGGUCCCUCCCACCCCUUGGUCCUAAGAUGAAUGUCAUAUGAAGUGUAGUCACUGUUUCAAUUGGUUUUAUCUUUUGCAUGAUCCCAUUUGUUCAAAUCAUAUUCUUUAUCGAUAAUUUUACUUAAAUAAUUUUGGAUUGUCAUGAUAAAACCUCUCACAUUCUAAAAAAUGCCCACAGAAAUAAUGAAUUUUAUAAGCAUUCAUGGCUUAGGUGCUAGAAGCACCUACUCUUAUGAUACAAUGUGAGACAUUGCUAUGUAGAUUUAUCUUUGUGAAUUACAGACUUGUGUGUAUAUACUCAUACCCAAUUCAGCUUUUUUAUUGUUUUAAUACUGGAACACAAUGUUUGGUUGAAAGCAAUGUAUUGAAGUUACUGUUCGGGUUGUGAAGGCACAAGAGAAAGUGUUAAGUAGAAGAAAGGUCAAUUUACUUGAAUAACCUGGUGCCUUUUGGUAUUGUGACUGCAUUGUAGAAAACAUGUACAAAGACUUAAGUACAUUGCAUUCUUUUUAGUGGGAGCAUGGACUGAUAACAGUUCUUGUUAAAAUAACUGUUUACUUUAAAUAGGUGUGUAAGCCUCUGUAGGAAAACAGUGACUCUUUUAUUAGUAAAGUCUGUCACUGUUUGCAUUGGAAGGGCAAGUUAAAAAUGUGAUUGUCUUAAGAGCUUUCUAGCUGUUUUAUACUCUGAAAAUACAAAUGUGAAUUGCCUUUGUUUUGUUUAGCUUGAAAUGGCUGUUAAAUGCUGUCAUUUUCAGUUGUUCACGUGUGAAAUUUUGUUUUAAAUUGCUAUCCAAAAUGCAACGGGUUUUAUAUGACUAGAGUCUUCCUUUUAAGUGUCUGAUAUACUGAGUUACUAUGAUGUUAGCAUUUAUAUUGCUGAUCCAUUUGACUUCUGCAUAAAUUGAUUGGAGUACUUA